AAAAAUAUUUUACGUCUUGGCAUUGGAGACGAUGAAGGAGAAGAAGAGGAAAAUAGCUCAAGUUGUCCACUUGAACGAAACGUAUGCAGACUUGAUAGAUAAACAUUGUUUAUUUAUAAAUAACCUCGACUAUUUAACGAAAGAAGAAGAAGUGACGUUAUAUUUUCAAAGUUUUGGUCCCGUCAAGCGUUGUUUGGUUAUCCAAGACGCUGUUACUGGCCACUGUCGAGGCUAUGGCUUUGUCAAGUUUCAACGAGCCGAAGAUGCAGCCAAAGUAUUGGAAUGUGGACAAAGACUAGUUUUUUGUGGCCAACGUAUUUUAGUUGACUAUGCUUUAAGAAGAACCAAAACGGACAAAUCGGAUCAGCAAGAAGAGGACACUCCGUGGGUUGCACCCAAGUCCUCCAAACUCUUGGGUUUGGGUAAAGGAACCAGUGCAAAACAAUUGUUGGAUUCUAAAGUAUCAAGAAAUUCUCAAGACAUAGCGAAAAGAACUAUUCUCAUCAAACCUGUUUUACAAGUGCCUUGGUUGCAGCAAUUCAAAGAACUAUUGUAUCCUUUAAAAGGCUUUCUCAUUUGUAUUGGACCCAUAAGAGGAAUUCUACACUGCAUAUUUUCUACUCGGGAGGCAGCAAAGGAACAUAUUUCUUAUCUACAACAAUCUUGUAAAAAGUGGCAAAGCAAUUUGGAUGUUACCUUUGCACAUGUUCCUAUCACCAAACGCUGUACGGUUGUUGUUCGAAAUUUACCUUUUGCCACGAGUGAAGAAGAGUUGAUGAAUACAUUUUCCAAGUCGGGUCCUGUAAAACUUGUGAGACUUCCAAAGAAUAUCAAAUAUCCUAAUGUAUGUCUUGGUUAUGGCUUUGUUGAAUAUUUUCUUCCUAAAGAUGCAGAAAGUGCCAUUAGAAACUUGAAUGGAAUAGAAUUGAACGGUCGUAUGAUAGCAGUUGAUUAUGCGUUAUCCAAAGACAAAUAUUUACAAGAGAAACAAAGCAUUGAUAUGACAGAAACUUGUCAAGAAAAGUAUAAAGAUAAUCAUGUCACAGACAAAUCCUCAUCAGUUCAUAUUGAUAGCAAAGAUAAUCCUGACAAGAGAACCAUCUUGAUACGCAAUUUACCUUUAGGUGUUCAUGAGUCACAAAUUGAGUCUUGUUUUGAAGCAUUUGGUAAAAUUGAGAAAUGUUGGAUAGACAAAGAGAAGAAUACUGGACAGAACAACGGAUUGGCAUAUGUGCGUUUCAUAAGACAACAUUCGGUUGUGAAUUGUCUUAGGAAAGCCAAUGAAUUAUCAGAAGAGUGGGAGGAUCCUAUUUUGCAAAAGAAACUAAGGAAUUCUAGUCUUGCCAAGGAAGUGAGUGCUGGAGGUAUUCGACUCGAUGGAAGAAGAUUGAUUGUGUGCCAUGCACUCAAAGUGAAUUCUCAAGAAAACAAAGAAAAUGAACAGAGAAAGAAAGAUGCAGAAACAAGAAAUCUUCAUCUUCUUAAGGAGGGCUUUAUAGACCCAAAAAGCAAACUUGCCAAAAUGUAUUCUGAGACAGAGUUACAAAAGCGUUUGGCUCUUUAUGAAUGGAAAAAACAAAAGGUUGAACGUAAUCCAAAUAUAAUUGUUUCUUCGACUCGUCUUUGUAUUCAUCAGUUGCCACGUUCUAUGACUGAGAAGGAACUAAGAAAGUUGAUACAAAUUGUUGCAAAAGAAGAAAUGGCGAAUAUGAAUAUGAGUUUGUCAUCCCAAAAAAAGAUAGUAAAAAAUGCAUUUAUUCUUCGUGAUUCGAAGAGAAAACUGAAAGAUGGAAGUUUUCGUUCAACCUGUCGAGGUUUUGUGCAGUUUUUAGAUCCUUUAGUUGCUGAGAAAUGUUUACAACGACUGAAUAGAGAUUCAGAUAUACUCGAAACCUUUCAUGAGGAAUGGAAAGGACGUCGUCUGAUUGUGGAAAACAAGACUUGCAAAUGAAGAAUGAUGAUAGAACUAAUAAUGUACGUCAGUUGAACGAUUCC